AUGGCUGACCUUAACAGCUUUCGCCGUGAAAUGAAGAACCCCCUUUCUGAUUACAUCCCUGCUGAUCCACAUCCGCGCGCAUCCUGGUCCGAGCUCGAGUGGGAGAUGAGGUAUCCAGUGCGGGAGUCUGAACGCCUGCAGGGGAUGGCAGCGGUGGAGGAGCUGAAGAGGAAGGCAGCAUCCGCGCCUUACCAAUGUGCAGAAGCGAUGAUUCUCGAGUGGAUGGCUGAGCCUCGUGUGGGCGUGCUCAUGGACCUGGGGAGGUUGAGAUCCUACCUCCCUGCCAUUCCUUUGACUCGCGAUUGUGAUGCACCUGCCUCUGCUCCUGCUGCUUCCAGUCCUCCUUCUCUUUCUCCAGCUGAACCUGCAGUUGCUUCUGCAGUGUGGUCCUGCUGCUGGUGCUGCAGCAGAUGCUGGGCCAGAUACCGCCGUGCGGUCAGCUUUGCUGCCUUCCUUGUGCUUGUAGCGAGCUCCCCACGCAUUGUGACUCUAUGGAAGGCUCAGAAGGAGCUCUCUGAUACAACCUAUCCUCGCAUGGCAAUCGUACUGGGUGUCAUUCGUCAAGAACAGCCGGACUGCUUGGCUUCCAUGCUGGUGCAGGUGCUGGGGUUGAAGGAGAGUGCUGAUCUGAAGGAAGGGUUUGGGUUCUUUGUGCAGCAUGUGCUGUCAGGCGGGCUGGAGAAGGCGCAUGCGAAGAGAAAGGAGGGAGCUGAGGGAAAUACUUCUCAGAAGACGCAAAAUAGGGAUAUUGAGAAGAGGGGAGCAGGUGAUGGCGGAAAGGGUACUGCAGGGGAGAAGAAAGGUGGCAGGGAUGGGAAGGAUGGGGAUUGGAAGAAGCAUUUGAAGGGGCGUGUGUGGGACAGGUAUGUGGAUGGGAUGGCUUGGAUUUUGGAGCGUGGAGGAGCGGAAUGGAGGCAGUUCGGGUGCACCCACUGCCAGAUGGGCGGCGGCAGCGGUGGUGGCAGCGGUGGUGGCAGCGGUGGUGGCAGCGGCAGUAUUGAUGGGCUUGGCUGCCGGGGCAACAAGGAAGGCAGGGAUAUUCCCAAGGGCAUGUAUGUGAGUGGCGUGGGUGCCACUGACUUCGCCUUUACAGUCGCCGCAUUGCUAUCUAAGGCCGGGAGUUGCCCAGAUGCGCAAGUCUUCAUCCUAGAUGGAAACAACGCGAGCAAGACACGGGUGGAAGAUGCAGCUAUUGAAGAGGCCAGGGAGAGGCUGGAAAGAGAGAGGCAGCGAAGGGAUAGGCAGAGAAGGGAGACAAGUGAGAGGGGAAGGGGAUGUGGAGGAGCAGGAGCAGGCGGAGGGGUGGCAGCAGGAUAUGCACCUGCAGAGGCAGCCGCAGCUGCAGAAGCACCACCACUGCUAGCUGCCUCUUCUCUUGGCGCUGCUCCCUCAGCUGGAGUUCAAGCUUCUGCUGCCUCCAGUGCAGUCUCCACCGCUGUGCGUGUGCCUGUCAACUCCAACUCUGUUCUUGCAGCCUUCACGUAUCGCGUCAGCUCCAUCUUGCAGUGGGUGCGCAUCUACGGCUCAGAUUCCAUCUCAGCGAAGCAAUGCUUCAAGGACAGCCCACAGGAGCACAACCUGCCCAUUCGCCACCCCUUUCACGACCUCCCAAGCCUGUUGGUCAGGUUCGGUGCCAUCCCCAAGCCUCUGGCUGGAGCCAAACAUUUCUGUGAGUGGGACGAAUGGCCCCAGGGCAAUGAAGAUGCUAUGAAGUUUCCUGAUGAUCCGAAUGCAAGAUGCUUUGAACUGGGGAUCGUGGAGGAGAGUGAGGAGAGAGAGGAGAGUGAAGCGAGUGCGGAGAGCGAUGUGAGAGAGGAUGGAGAGGAGCGAGGUGAGGGUGGUGAGGAAACAUCUGUGAAGGCAGCAAGACGAGGAGGAGGAGGCAAGCGCAAGGGUGGGAAGGGGGCGGAUAUUGACUUUAUUGUGGACGUCGCCAGCAGAUUGUUUCCUCCGCCCGCGUGUGCCGAAUGCGCAUCGUGCUUUUCGCGGUACAAAUCCAUCAUUCCCUUUGCUGCUGUCAUUGCCAACUUCGCAUACCGCCCCGCGUCUGUUCUCUUCAACCGCUUCGUCUAUGUCUUCCCACCGCCCUCCUUGGAGCUCACUCAGCUUGCAGACACGCUGUGCUUGUACAACCCCGCCUGCUCAAACCUGCCUAUCCGUUUGCACCUGCCUGCGCUUCGUGAUCAUGCGGAAAAGCUGCCCAUGCUCCUGCUGCUCGUGAUCGCUCUGAAAUGGGCCAGGGAGAUUGCCAUGGUGCAAGGGCAACUGGGAGCCGAGGGUAGGAAGGCUGAGCAGAGAGAGUCGAAAGGGCGCAGGGCAAGGAGUGGAAGGAACGGAGUGGGGAAAGAGGAAGAGGGAGAGCAGGAGGACGAGGAGGAUGUUUGGAAGGCGUGGGAGGAGGUGCGGUCGUGGUGCGCCACAGCGGUGAUGGCGUGGCCUGCGAGUGUGAGGGACGGACGCAAGUGGUACGACCCUGCGUCUAUCGCUGCAGGGCUCAGCUUGGUUUGCAAGGGCAGCAGGGAGCCUCGGAGGGAGGAGGUCAAUGGGCAGAUGAUGAUUGACAUGUUCCGGGCGGCAACACAGACGAGGUUCUGUGCUGACCUGGAUGGCCAGGAUGGGGUAGGGGGGGGUGGUGUGAAGCUGAGGAAUUGCGGUGGGUAUGGCAAGGUGGCGUAUUGCAGCAGAGAGUGCCAAAAGGCGCACUGGCCCUCCCACAAGCUCACAUGCCCCGGCAGGACCAGCGGCAAGAAGAGUGGGACGAACAUUGGCAAGGUGAGUGCAAGGUGA